CUGUAGCAACUGCUCCCUCCUCUGUUCCAUCUUCCAGCUCUUCUCUGUCCUCAGCUGCUCCAUUCUACCAUCCUGCCAGUAUCCAAACCGGUGAGCCUGCCGUCUGAGAACCUGCCUUCCGUGGUCCAGCCUGAUGCCUCCACCCAGCCUGAUGCCUCCAGUGAUGCAGUCCUGAUGCCUCUACCCAGCAUGAUGUUUCUACCCAGCCUGAUGAACUGAUCCAGCCUGAUGAUUCCAUUAGGCCAGUUGACUCGAUGCCCGCUGUCGAUCCAGAUGAUCCGGUACCUGAUGACCCAGUACCCGCUGUCAUGCCUGGUGACCCGAUGCCCGCUGUCGAGCCAGACGAUCCAAUGCCUGAUGACCCAGUGCCCGCUGUUAUGCCUGGUGACUCAAUGCCUGCUGUCGAGCCAGACGAUCCAAUGUCUGACCCAGUGCCCGCGGUCAUGCCAGUUGACUCGGACCCACUGUCGUGCCUGGUGAC